GCGCGGCAGGUUGAUCGCGGCGGCUGCAGAUGAGCCCAGCCCGCGCGCGCGGGCGGGGGGGGGCGGCCGGGGCAGCGCCGGCGGCGGGGCCGGGGCCGGGUCGGCGGCCGGCGCACUAUGCGAGGCCGGGAGGAUGGCGGUGGAAGCUAUCCAUUGCAAUCUGAAUCCAAAUGGUAUUGAUCACCCUGUCCCCACAGAAGGUAUUAAUCUGCAACUUGAAGGUGAAGGAGUUGAAUCGCCCUCUGUUAAGAACACUAGUGCUCCAAAACCGCCUGAGUCAAAAGAGACACCCAAGAGGCAACAAGUGGAGCCAGAAAUAUCUAAGUCCGGGACUGUGAAGCUGACCAAGCCUGUGGCGUUAUGGACCCAGCAGGAUGUCUGCAAAUGGCUGAAGAAACAUUGCCCUAAUCAGUAUCAAAUCUACAGUGAGUCAUUCAAACAGCAUGACAUAACUGGCCGUGCUUUGCUGAGACUUACUGACAAAAAGCUUGAACGAAUGGGCAUUGCCCAGGAAAGCCUGAGACAGCACAUUCUGCAGCAAGUCCUUCAGCUGAAGGUGAGAGAAGAAGUCCGAAACCUCCAGCUGCUUACACAAGAUCUCUACUUAAACCUGGAGCAUGGUUUUUUGAGGGUCAUAGAAAAGCAGCCAGCCCUUGCAGCCCAUCAAGCCCCGGCAGAGAGCUCUCCAUAAACGUUUCCAGCCUCUAAAGCUGCUGUCCUGCCACUUGAUAUGAAAGUGAACUUUCCUUCAUGAAAAAAACAACGUAAUAAAUGGCACUGCCCGAAGGUGACCAUGGAGGACUGAAGACAAACUUGAAGUAAAAUCAGCCCACUCAAGUUGAUGCAUUCUGGGGAGACCUGGUUUGCUCUGGAGUAAAAAUGUGGUGCAUAAUAUCCAGUGCUAAUUUGUUGAAAAUGGUCAUUGACAGACCUUUAGCUGGAAAAUUUCUUCCAGUUUUCAUCACUGUGCAUAACUUUUGAGUUCCCUUUAGGGGACUGUCUAUGCCCUUCACUAGAAGUCCUGUUUUAGCAUGGCAACUACUGGAUUCUUUUAUUAUGUAUGCAGAUGGCAUGAUGUUUUAGGAAAACCUUACAGCAAUUCUCCAAUCUCAGUGGAUAUGUUCACAAUAUUACACCCCAAUAGGAAUGUAAACGUCUUGUAUAUGUUAGUUUUGCCGUCUAAUGGUAUUCUGUUAAACAAUAUCAGCACUUCAUAUGUGCUUUCUGCACAGAACUAGCACAGUCCAUAUAUAUACGAUGGUCUUUUUUUAAAAAUAUUGAGGAUACGUUUCAGUAUUUGUGCUGAGACUGCAUCCAAACUGAAGUCCACUACUAGCGUACCUUCACCGAUUCACAGUAGAUUGUGUAGAUAGAUUUGCACGUGGCAGAGGUGUGACUUCUUUUAUCGAGACUUAGAGACCAGCUGUCACAGAGGUAGCCAAGAACAGGGUAGGUUGAAUGAGGUGUAGGACACUGUGUCUGCUCUCCCUCUCGUCCGCCAAAUAUCAAAGGUUCUCGUUUCUAGUGUGCCAAUGUGUUUUCUUACUCGUCGAGGGAGAGGCAAGGGAGAGAGCCUUUCUCAGAGAUGUCUGUGACGCUGGGUUUGGUCUAUGGUAAAACCAGAAUAAACUGGAAGAAUUCAGGUUCUUUAUGCUGGCCACCAUCUAUGUUUUGGGCUGGACUGGGGAAUCGUAGUCCAAACCAAACUCUCUGAAUAAGGUAAAGUGUAAGACUACACUUCUAAGGAGCAAGACACUCCCUUUGGAGAGGGCAGACUUCUUCAUUAACUUUUUCCACUUUCUAUCCAAAACAGUAUUUUGGUAGGAACUGGGAAUAAGCAAAUGGUUCCAAUAAGCCUUUCAAUAUACUGUAGCAGGCUCAAGACUGUUGCAUUCAAUCUGAGCAUCGUUUUUUGUUCAGUCUCUGAAUGGCUGGCCUCAUCACUGGCUGUAUCACAGCUGGCUGUGGUACUGUUUCUUCCAUGGGGACUCAGUGGAAUUAGCGUCUGUCCCUCACGUCAGGACCUUCUUUACACACUCUUUAUGAUGAACUGAUGCCAUCAACACACUGAGGGGACUACCUAUUUGUUCCUUCUUUCUUUAAUAUCAAAGGUAGCUUGUUGUCUAUUUAAAGACCAUCACUCUCUCCAGUCUGAUAGACAGGUACUAAAGAGUCAAUGUUAACAUGUAUGCCAAACUGUGCGUGAGACGCCAAACUGGUGUGAAGAUGCAGCGAUGGAGAGAAGGUGCAGCUACAUCAAGUCAAAGGGACCUUUUUAGAGGAAGCUCCUGGGUUAUAGUUCUUAAAAACUAUUGUACAGUUCAUUGCUAGAGAAUGGAAGGUCAGCCACUGAGAGUGCCUCUACAACAAACAGAUAACUGUCUGUAGGGCAUAAUUUUUUUCAGAUGGGUAUGGGCUUAGGUUUCAGCUCUCCACCCAUCUCAGAUUCAGCAUGUUGGAUACUUCUAUAGUAUUCAGUCCAGAAGCAAAUUAUUUUUGUCGAUGACCAAGAUUUUCAGAAGUCGCUAGUGAUUUCUAAUGGUUUGUGUCUUUCCAUGGGUUCUCAAAUGGAGCUCCCAGGAAUUAAAAAGCAGUAAGCUUCUACGUUCUCUUUCUGAAAAUCCUGGUCCCUAAUUUUAAAUUAAUCGGUGUAAAAAUUCUUCAGACAUAAGAAUCAUUGCCAAUGGCAACAUUUGCACUUUUUAGAGCUUUUCAUAGGGUUGCAGGUUGGAAUCUGAUACCAAGAGACCCAGCCGUGCGCAUGGCACAGGUCCACUGUAAGCUUCAGCAAAUUUUACAGCUCUUUUUCUGCUACAGGUUUUAAAAAUGCGCUCUGGCAACUGACAUCAAUUUCAUGUUGGUCCAGCAAUUAAAAAACACCAACUUUGAUAUAAGUUAUUUCAAAAUGAAGGAGAAUGCUAUACUUCUGCAGAAGGGAUUCUCUUAUUUUACUACCCAGUAAAAAAAUCCAGAAUAAUUUGAAUGAUAAAGAGUUCAUCAGAGAUCUUAAAACAGCAUAUGAGAAGAAGUUGAGUUAGGCAGAGAGCCACGAGAAGCAUUUUUUGUAUCAAUGUUAGUUUUGAACAUCUUCCAGUAUAUGGGCAUGAAUUUAGAUGUGUGCACUUCUCCUGUUAAAACAGUUUGUUUUAAAAGCUUCCCAGGAUUUUAGCUACGGUGACCUAGAAAAGCAGUGUUAUAGGCCCUGAGAAAUGUGAAAAUCAAGUCCAGACCCUUGUGUAGCCAGACUCGGUGAGAAGUCUGCUGUAGGUGCCUAUCAGACAAAUCUCCCUUGAAGCUGGUGUAGGUCUCCAUCCUACAGCCAGCCUGUGCAUGUGGAUAACUGCAAGCAGAGUUCCCCCGAGCCCCGUGACACUCCUCACGUGUGUAAUUGUCUGCCGGAGCCGUAAGGAAAUAACUGUACUUUUUGGCUUGUAUUUAACUAUUCAUCGUGUUUGGAUUUUUUUAAUCACUGUUAUUCUCCCAAAGUAGGCCAUGCUUCCUCAGGGAUAUUUAUGAAAUUGUUCUACAUCUUCUGAACAACUAUCUGGAUCCCAGCGUAUUCUUCUGAAAACUUUUUAAUAUAAAUAAACAUGUGGGAGAGAUUUUUGUUAUUAUGAAUGGGGGCAGGUACUGUGUUCUCGGAAAGGCUAUUGAGUGCAGACAAUCAAGUCUAUUGCAUUUUUUAUGCCGAACACCUUAUUAAUAGCAGACACAUCCGCUUUUGCCUGGGUCGCAGGAACAGUUCAGGGGAAAGAAUGCUUUAUCUCUAGUCAAUAAAUCAUUUAUGUCGAGAGUGCCAAAGACCAAGUCAACAUGAAAGGGAGCGAAUAAGUUAUUCCGGCAAAGGAAGUGAAUUUAAAUACUCUCAGAGCCAUUAGUUCAGUGCAAAAGAGUAGGAGACUAACGCUAUUUUCAUAAAACAGCAAUUACCAGCCCUGUGGAGACAGAUAAAUUCACAAAGGCCAGUGCUACUGUUCCAUUGAUCACUAGUUAUUAUUUCUGAAACAAAACAGCAUUGCCAUCAGGACACCGUUCCCCGCCUGCAGACCCGCAGCCUUCCUCCCGUGCCCGCUCCCCCUUCCUGCCCCCCGCUCGCCCGGCUGCUUCGUGUCGAGAAAGGCUGCAGCAUCAGCCCCCGCUAAGAAACGCUGACAGAGGCUCGGCCAUCCCAAGCACUUUGAACCCUGAGAAGUCCUGCACUAGAAACCUGAAGGAAUUGCUCUCCCCGGAAAACACGCCACAGCUGAAAGCAUCCUUUGCGCUGUUCUGUUCCUUGGGUUGUUUCCUCUGCGUGGCUUUCUGUGCCUGAACGCUCGCCAUUUAUUCUGUUGAGGGAAAUGUAGCCUUCCAGGAGGGGAGUCUGAAAAAGCUCCGCGAGCUCUUUGGUUUUGCCCGUCCAGCUGCAUGGCGAUGCUCUGCCGGUGCGUUCAUCCCUCCCUGUCUGUUCCUCAGGGUAAGUGUUGUCACUCGUCAGCAGCUGCAGCGUCGUUGAGGAAAGCAAACCAUUAAAAAUGACAAAAUUCUGGUUUUGUUUUGCCCUGAAUUUUUGGAAGACCCCAGGCCAGACCCCUGGCAGACCCGCGUUGGCAUUACUCCAUCAAAGUCUCCAGAGAUGUGUUGAUUAAUGCCAGUAACGGAGCCAGGCCUGGGGUGGGUUUUUGUCAUCACUAAAACUAACCUCCCUCCACCCGCCACAAAGUCCCAAGAUUUCAAUUAUUCAAAAUUGUCUCAGGCAAGCAAAGUAAAAUCCUGCAUCUUUCCCAUCAGUCCCCUUUUAACGGUUAACAUCUCCGCCGUCAGAGUCUCCUUGAAAGGCCCCACUGCAGGACUGUGCUGCAAUUGACCCUGGUAUAUAUAGACUGUGGUCAAUAAGAUUUUAAUUUAAAAAGAAAAGCUCCUCUGGUGUAAUUGAAAUUGAUGAGUGAGGGGGAAAGUAUUUCCAGUCUUACCUGCAACCUCCUAUAGUGAAAUUCAGGAGUGCAAAAAACCCCACCAGCAUAACGUAUGGGUGAUUAGGCAGGCUCAUGAGGAUAAAUCAGCAAGUAGGAAAAGUAGAUAUUUGAUGAGGGAAGCCAAAAAACUGUAUGGGAAGUCAGUGGCCAAUAGAUUAGGGCUAGUUAGACCAAAGGCUUUACAUAUAUCCUAAUAAAUACAGUCGUAGCCCAGCUAAGUCUGAUGUUAGACAGGCACAGCACAGUGAUCGCUCACAGCACAUGCGAAACCCAACAAAUGUUCUUGUUCGGUGUUUGAAAGAAGUAGAAGGAGGGAGUCAGAUUGCACAAUAAAAUGUAAUUCCUCCUACUCCAUCAGUAAUUACGGGUAAUACUAAGCAGCAACUCUCCAAACAUAUUUUUUAAAUUUGCAGAAGCAGAUAACUGAAUCCAAAAGCGUAGGAAAACUUACCUAGGACUCCUCUGAACCAGAAAGCAUAAAAGAAGCCUCAAGCUGCACCCAAAACCUCCAAGAAUUGAAAAGAAGUAGUGAUUUGAUACAAAAAAAUACAGGUUUAUUAGCUUCCUAUCAGUCUUAGGCAAAAUCAUAGAAAGGCUGAUAUGACACAAUCUUUAAAGCAAUUACAAAUUGAUAAAACUCCAAGGUAUUUUUCUAGAAAUGUAUUAUGCCAAAUAAACUCACUAUCAUUUUUUGUGAUAUCAAAGGGUCACUGAUAAAAGAGACUCUGCUGACAUACUAUACUUAGCCUCCUAUAAAUCAUUUGAUUCUGAUAAAGAACAAAAUAGCACAAUGCAAAAUCAAUAUAGUCCAUAUUAAGUGGAUUAAAACCGAUCACAAGGAAUAACUGUAAAUAUGAAAUUAUCAUCGGCAAGACUAUUUCCAAUCAGCUCCUCCCAAGGUAUGCUCUAGUUUCAGUAUUCCUCCCAGGGAAAGAGAAAGUUGGCAACAGCCAGAGAUGACAAAAACAGGGGUGGGGUAGAUAACGAUAUGGAGCAGGUCAGUGGUAGAGGGUAACUGGGAGCACGGCAAAGUCAGACAUCCAGGAGAGAUGGAAGCAAGUCCUGCUUGGAGGCAUGGGGAGUACAUCUGGAAUAAUAUAGUGGCUGUGAAGGUCUGAUAAAUAGCGCAUUCUACAUCUACCCCCGAGACACUCUCGCCAGCUGGGACGUAGGACCUGGCCAUAGCCACGCUCUGCCAGUUUGUUCGGUCACUGCCCAUCUUUCAGAAAGGCUAUCGGCAACUUGGAAAGAUUAUUUUCAAUAGCUCCCAGUGUCAGUCAAGGGCAGGAAAUCGGGUCUUUAUUAUAGUGUCAGACUAAUGAAGCUCAAGCUAUUAAUUUAUCAGAGGCAAUUUGAAGAGAUGACUUGAUCUCCGUCUGCAACCGCAAUCUUCUACCUGGGCAGGGAAGUGCUGUCUGAAGGCAGGUAGCUCUUUUAUUUAGAAGAAAAGGGAAUGAUGUGCUCUACUGGUUGGAAACUGAUUUCAGGCUAGAAAUUAAGUGCAAAUGCUCGACAGGGAGGAUAAUUACCCAUGGAGACAACUUACUUAGUUACCUGGCAUGCUCUCCAUCACAUAAAGUCCUUAAAUGUAUGCAGAGUAUUUUUCUAAGUCGAUAAACUCUACCUCAAAGUGAAAUCCAGGCUCGGUGCGGCAAUUACUAGAUGAGGUUAUUAGGUGUGUAUUAUGCAAGGAUUAGACUACAUCAUCAGAUGUAAACUUCUGAAUUAAAAAUAUCUUAAAGUUUCCAAUAGUACAGGAAGGCAGGGCAACCUAUAUCCAUUUUUUCACACAAAAUGGUCUUAAUUUAAACAGCGUGUAUGAACAGAGCUGUGCUUGCCAGCAUUUGGUCUGAGCAUCGGUAGGUCUGCUUGCAGUUGCAAAGUCCUUCUGCGCGUAAUUAAAGGAAGAAAAUGAGACUAGAAAGGACAACGCAAACCCUUGAACAUAUAGAGAGAGUCCAUUGUCUUUCAUUAAUAACAGCCUGAGACAAAAUGAUGGACUCAAAUGAUGGGGCCAAGUGGAAGGGUAGUCUGAGCAAGGAAUAACAACUGUGGGUUUGCCUCUUAAUUAAGGAGGUAGCAUCUUGCUGGCAAGAAACAGAUUUUCCUGCCUUCAACAACUGGCAGAGAAGCUGUGGCGCUGAUUGAGAAUUAUAUUGUAUCGCUGUGCAGCUGGACACGGUGCACGAGCUCCUUGCUUCAAAGACGGCAAACUGUUCCUGCUAUCAUGACGAGCCCCAUCGGAGCCGGUUAAUAAAGCCCUAGAACUGAAAUGACUUCAGCGGGACUACCCAGAGUAAUGAGCGCUGCUCCCGGCGGUGGGGUUUUGUGAGAUUGGGCCCUAUUACCGUUGACAGGUUUGAACAUUGUACCUUAGACAUAAGCAAAGGAGCGCUCGGCAUCUGAUUUGGAUUUCACAAAACCGCUGUCGAUGGGUGCCAGGCAAGUGCCAACCAUCAGAGCAACCUUCUGCCAGGCUUCAUCGGGCGGUGGGGAACAGCAGGAGCUGGGAUGUGCGUUUUGAAGAGUAAACAGUUCACACAGACAGGAGAAACCAUAAAAGCAAUACUUACUGCAAAUUGGUAUUGAAUCGACAUCGAGAAGCCGAAACAAGAAGGGAGCUGGCUACGGCCGUAGCUAAGAAGAUAAAGAUCUUUGGGGAUUCUUGCUCUAAUCCAGUGUGAAAUCCUAAGAAAAUGAGUUUGGUCUAGAUUUAUUGUUUAAAGAACGUUGGUACAAGCCAGCCGCCCGUCAAAUAAAUUCUGCGGAGUC